AUCUUGCCAAUAAUACACCAGCCAUCCAAGAAGGCAUAAGUAACAAGGUGCAUAUCCUAAAAGAUGCUUAUGUCAAAGCUACAGGUCUUCAAUUAGUAGUAUAUUCAGAUCAAUUUUUCUCAAAGAAUGUUUCAAUCAAAAAUUUGCCUACUUCAAGAUUUGACUAUCUCUUUGAUGCUGAUGAUGACAUUAAAAUUAUGAUUCAACUUUUAUUUGAAUAUUCAACAA